UUUACACAAAAGUGAAGCAGUGGUUCUGUUAACUUUCCGUUUCAUUUCAGCCUUUCUGGGUUUAUUUUCAUUGCAGGUUCUGAAUGUCGCUCGCCUCCCUUCAAAUCAUUCCCUAAUUUCAUAAGGAUUUUUAGAAACUAGUCUGUGCUGAGUGGCUGCUCAAGUGUUGGAAUGCAUCUCAACCAUCCUAAAACUGCAUGAUUUUAAGUGUUGUUUUGCCCUUCUAUUUCUGUACAACAGGAGCUGCAUCAGAAACUCUGCAUCGGUGGCAACACCGUGCCAUACUAACAACGUUGACUUUUCUCCCCCUAAAGGUUUGGCACCUAGACAGAUUUUUUAGUGUGCCCCUCUGCCUGUAUUAAAGUGGCAAAACUGUUUUAUUUCUAGGACAUGACUAGUUUGCCACUGUUUUCCCCUUCCGUCCCGUGGGCACUCACAACCUCUGUCAGUUGUAGGACUGCCACUUUUUGCUGAGUGGAAUUUGACUCUGCUUCCUGCUAUUCCUUCGUCAGAAAAACACUGAAAAUCCAAUUGAUUUACAAAGUGCAAAAGUGGACUUAUUUUCAAAUUCACACGCUCGUCCUGCUAUUACGCAGUCAAGGUUUUGGAGAAGCUCAGUCAAUAAACUAGAACGGUGGCAAACCUACUGGUGAUGAAGAUCAUAAUAACUACUUAACCAUCAAUGUUCUUCUAAUGAUUAGCAUAUCAAUGUUAGUAUUGUGGUUGUGACUCUCAGUUCCUUGGAUACCUACUAACUGUUCAUUGUGGAACAAGAGCUUUUGGCAUUGUCCAAAACACUAAUUCUCUUAUUUAUAAUUUCCUAUAUUAUGGAAACAAAAUAUAUGUACAGAAAUAAGAAGUGAGUCAGUUUGCAAGCCUGUGAAGCAAACUGCAAAGCUGCAUGGUUGCAUGGGAUAUGCGGAACCAUUGCUGCAAUGGAGUCAUGUGUUGUAAUAUCUGCUUUAAUGUGUGUGCGUUAUCAAUUAACAUCAAAAGUGUCUUAUGCUCCGAUAUAAUUGCAUUCAAUCCUCAUCAAGUGAGUAUCACCUAAAUAUGUUAACAGUUUUGUGUUUCAAACAAGGAUUAAACAAAGUAGUUACAUUUAUAAAUGAUACUUCACAAACGUUAUGUUGGCACAAUGUUAGGUAAAACGGCUUUUAUAUAAAAAAAAAGUAAUUUGACUGAAUAAUAUUGACUGCAGUGACAAAAAAAGCACAAUGUUAGGUUUCAGAUUUGUUUGAUUCCUCAUCUAAAACACUUAAUUGUGCUGGCAUUACCCAUUUGAAACCCUUAAUGACUAUAUCAGUAGCCAUUUCAAACUACCAGCUGAUAGGUUCUGCUUCGGAGUUUUCUUCUCCCUGCCACUUUUAGUGUAGUACUGACAUCACAGAGUCAUACAGAAUUGAAGCUGACCCUUUGACCCAUCAUGUCUAUGCUAGUAUCACAUAUCAAUCUAUGCUGCUGCCGUGUACCAGCAUUCAACCCCAUCGCUCACCUUACCUUCGCAAUUUAAGUGUUUGUUCAGAUACCACUUAGACAUGGAGUGUCUACCAGAGUUACCCCCUCAGGCACUGGAUUCCAGAUUCCAACCACCCUCCACAAGAAAACAUUACCUGAGGUCCUCUCUAAAUGUCUUACUCCUCACUUUAAACCUAUGUCAUCCGGCCUUCUUCCAGGGCAUAAAGUCUCCACUUUCUACCUAACUAAUUCAAGGAGAUAAUGCACAGACCAACCAGUUAUUUGGUCAUAACUAACACAUUCCAAACCAGGAACCAAUCUGGUGAAUCUCUUCAGUACUCGUACCUUUCCUUUCUAUUCAAAUCUUUUUUUAUUGUUACUAUUAUCCAAACUACAAGAAUACAUUGAAGUAAGUAACACUUACAAUGUCUCAAAAGAGAAAAAAAUAAUAUUGAAAAAUACGGUGACACAAAAAAAAGAAGAAAAGGAUAAUACCCUACUAAAGCAAGAAAAAAGUGAGAAAAGAAAGAACCCAUUAGGUGCUCAACCCCGGAGCCUUGUGUCAUACAAAAAGCUUCUAAAGAUAAACAUCAAACUGCCAGCAAAAAAAAAAAAUUAUACCAAAAUUUACAAUUAGAUCGUGGAGAAAACCUAUCAAUUAGCUCAAAUGGUAGUAACGAGCAAAUGAACCCCAUCUUUUCUCAAAAUCAAACAUAGGUUUGAAGGUUUUCUCUAAACUAAGACAUAGCAUCACUUGAGAGAACCAUUGUGACAGAGUGGGAGCUGACAUAUCCUUCCACUUCAACAGAAUGGCCCUCCUCGCUAUCAAUGUAACAAACACAAUAACAUACCUUUCCUAUAGUGUGAUAGCCAAAACUGAACACAGUGCUUCGUCUGUGGCCUAACUAAUGUACUAUAAUGUUGUGCCAGGGCCCUCUGGAACUUGGUACAUGAGGGAACAUGAUAAUGAAAGUAAGCAUCUUAUUUGCCUUUGUCACUGUCUGCCACAACCUUCAAAGCCCUUUGGACAAGCCUGUUUAUUCUUCAAUCCUCCCUAGGGACCCUACACUCAUGGUUAUGUCCUACCCCUAUCACACCCCCCCAAAUGUGUUACCUGACACUUAGCAGGUUUAAAGUUCUUCUGCCAUUGUCCACUAAGUUAUAGUUUCACAGAUUUCAGCCACCCUGUAGUUCCUCAUCGUGACACUCUGAAGAUGUCUAUAGGCUGUUGUGUCACUGAGACGUCACAGCCAAGCACGUGAAGCUGCCCUGCUGCUGCUGUUCCAGGGUGGGUCACUGGCUCAGCAAGGGAGAAUGGGAAUCAUAAUCCAGUGUGCUCCAAGACUCAAGCUGCGGGGUGCUCUUUGCUUGACUCCCGGUGAAAUCAACUCAACCCAAAUCAGUGAUCAGGACCAAACCCCAGAUGCUCCUUGAUCUCCAUGACUGAGCUGCUCACUGCCAGAGCCGACAGAACCCACGCAGACCUAACAACACGUAGGACCAGGAGUGAGUCAUACAUGUAGUUUAGACAUAACCGCAGUGUAUCAGAUAGAACAUAGAAAUCUACAGCACACUACAGGCUCUUCAGCCAUAGUGUUGUGCUGACCAUGAAACCUACUCUAGAAACUGCCUAGAAUUUCCCUCUAUUUUGCUAAGUUCCAUGUACCUAUCUAAGAGUCUCUUAAAAGAGCCUAUUGUAUCCCACCACCUUCCCCAGCAGCCCAUCCCACACACCCACCACUCUCUGUGUGAAAAACUUACCCCUGACAUCCCCCCCCCUGUACCUGCUUCCAAGCACCUUAAAACUGUGCCCCCUCAUGUUAGCCAUUUCAGCCCUGGGAAAAAGCCUCCGGCUACCCACAUGAUCAAAUGCUGAAGUUCAGAACAUAUUAUACCGGUUAUGCUUGCAGCAUAAAUCUUUUUUAAAAGGCCACAAUUAUUUUGACUUUAUAAAUAACAAAAUCCUUUCUGAAUUAAUCUUCUUUUUAUAUAUGAUUCACCUUUUAAAAUGCAGAAAGAAGAACAUAAGCUUUUAUAUAUAUAUAUAUUAAAUUGUUUAUUUUUUCAUUUACGGGAUGUGGGCAUUUCCAGCUAAGCCAGCAUUUAUUGCCCAUCACUAGUUGCCCUUGAGAAGGUGAUAAUGAACUGAUAUGUAUAAAUAUAUCAAAUGUUGCAAAAAUCAUAUACUCAUCAACACAAUGGAACCACUUUCAAUGAACUCAUUUCUAUUCUGCUUGUAUUUAACAAUGAGGGUUAAUUUUAGUUCAGAUUUUACAGAUCUUGAUUAUUUGGUGAUUUAGCCUCAGAUGAAGAAGUUAGUUACACAGUCUUGCAUGUUGGGAAGAGUUAUUAUUUGCUUGUGUACUGAUUAAUUUUUUUUCCAAUCAAUUAUUUCCUUUCCUCAGCAAGUAAACCCGAAAUUAGCAGCUUAAUGAUUACCAAUCUUACCUCAGAUGGUUUCACUGUCUCUUGGACAGCAAAUGGCGCCUUUGAAAGCUUUGUAGUUGACGUCACGGAUCCUAACAGGAUCUUUGAGACCUCGGAGCAUAAUGUUUCAGGGAACCUGCGCUCUAUUGACAUCACAAAGCUCUCAGCCGGCACUGACUAUGUCAUUUACCUCACUGGCCUUUAUCAAGGACAGCACAUGCACACGUUUAGUGCAGUUGCCACAACAGAAGCAGAACCUGAAGUGAGCAACCUAGUGGUUUCAGACAUUGCUACAAACAGCUUCAGCCUCUCUUGGACGGGAAAGGAUGAGGCAUUUGAAAGCUUUGUUAUAGAACUUAUAGAUUCUGACCGAUUCUCAGAUCCACUGGAGUACACGGUGCCAGGAAGCGUGAGAAACACUGAGCUCUCCAAUCUCAUUGCUGGUACUAAUUAUGUGGUUUAUUUAUAUGGCAUUGCCAAUGGCCGACGCAUAAACCCUGUGACCGCUGUUGCAUUGACAGAAGAAGAACCUGAACUUGACAGCCUAGUUGUUUCAGAUAUUACCUCAGAAGGAUUCACGCUCUCUUGGACAGCAGAAGACGGGGCAUUUGAAUAUUUUAUCAUAGAUGUUAAAGAUUCUGAAAGCUCGCUUGACCCAAUACAGCAUGUUUUAUCAGGGAAAACACAAACUACUGACAUCUCAGGCCUAGUAGAAGGCACUGGAUACCAGAUUAAUAUUACUGGUGUAACUAAAGGCUGGCACACGCAACCACUUACUGCGGUCACUGCUACAGAGGAAAAACCAAAAAUGGAAAACCUAGUGGUUUCAAACAUAAACUCUUAUGGAUUCAAAGUCUCUUGGAAUGCCACGGACGGGGCCUAUGAAAGUUUUAUAAUAGUGGUUAGAGAUUCUGGCAGGUUAUUGGAGCCAAUGGAACACAAAGUGUCAGGCAAUCAACAUUCCAUUACCAUCACUGGCCUGAUCACCGGAAUUGGUUAUGAUAUUAAUAUAUAUGGUGUAGCCAAGGGGCAGCAAUCUAAGCCUCUCUUUACUAGGACUGCAACAGGUAUUUUUUUAUAUAUCACUCAGGGCUCUGUCACUUGUUUAUGUAUGCCUCUGUUCUCAAGGUUUUUGUAUCCUUCAUUAUAUAACACAGUAACACUCUGAAAACUUUAAUCAGGUUGAGAACGACAAGCAAUGUCUUCACAUUAAUGAUUGUGCUGUGUUUUUUCCAGAAAUAAAGAAUUUAAAUUAAUCUUAAGGAAAGGGGCCCAUGGAUGAAAGUCGUUUUGGAUUAUGUCAAU